AUGAAGCGGACACAAUCGUUGGUGGCGAGACUCGCCAACAGAGGAGUUGCCGCUUCACCAUGCUGCCCGAUGCUACUGCGAUCCAAUCGGAUCGCCCUCUCCUCUCAGCGAGCCUUUGGGCAAAAGGAGCUUACCAGGUAUAUAACCGAGUAUGUGCCGCCCACUGAGAUGUUGGUGGAUCUCGACGAAGAGGCCGAACGAUACUACGCACCCGCUCCCCCAGAGCUUGAUCCACACGGCUCCGAGCUUCAGACCUCGCUCGACGGCGGCCAUGCCGCUCAGCUCGCCUUCGAGCGGUCUCUGCCUCCCAAGUCAAAGGCCAGCAACUCGGUGGUGUUUCACGCGCAGUACACAGAAGAGUUUGUGGACCUCGACGAAGAUCUGGACCUGCCGCCGCGGCUGGCGCCCAACCAACCCGUCACGGCCCUGCAGGUGGCGCGCCUGCUCCGCCGGUUCGCCAACACGCAGCACACGCGAUCGCCCGCGCAGAACGAGGAGCUGCUGGGCCAGGUGGUGGCCCUGCUCGAUCGCAUCGUGGUCCGUGCCGGUGUGCCCAUUCCGCCACCAUCUCGCUCCUCAACGACCACAACAUCAACCACUGCCGACGAACCGGAGCUCAACGAACGCUACGCCGAGCACGUGGUCCUAAGGUCGAACCUGCCGGCCGGCAACAAGGUGAUAAACUGGCGACAGUUGAUCGAGGCUCUGGCCGAGGUGGGCAAGGUCGACGCCGCACUGGGGCUGUUCGAGUCGCUGGAGCCCCGAUUCAGGAUCAUCCCCAACAUCACCCUCUUUUUGUCGGUGUGGAAGCUGUGCAAGGACUACCACCGCACCGACAAAACACUCGGCUACAUGGACUACUUCUUCAGUUGUCGCGCGCGUUCGGUUGGGUCGGACGAUUGGGUGAGCGCGGCCACCUUCAACUACAUCCUCUCGGCGGUGCGCGACGUCAAGGUGACACUCCGGGUGGUGGACAAAAUGAAAAAGGAGAAGGUUGAGCUCGAUGCCGGUUCCUAUGAGCAAAUCAUAUUCAACAUGAUCAAACAGGGCCAGAUCAACACGGCCCUGGACUACGUGAAACUCAUGAAGUCCAGCGGGCUACAACCUACCCUCAACAUCUACGCAUCUCUCUUCAACGGCUUGCUGCAUCACCCGGCGGAUCCCUACUACACGAACAAGGGGUUCAGAAUGGUCAAAGGGCCCAGGUCUGAGGACGACCCACCGAGCGACAUGAGCGAGCACCAUCAUUAUUCGUUCUCGCUCAUGCUCAAGCUCUUCGACGAUCUCAAGACGCUCCACAAGCCCAACAGCGAGAUCUACUCUCAGCUCCUGCGGGCGUGCGCGCAAAUGGGCGAGUACGAGAAGGCGUUUGAGCUGUUUGAGGAGCUCAAGCAGACCUGCCCGGUCCACUUCUCGCACAUCGGGAGCCUGAUCGCCGCGUGCGGGACCAAUUGGCAGGCCGACAGGGCGCUCGAGCUGUUCUGGACCAUGAGGGACCGGCACCGGGUCGACCCGUCGCCCGCCUGCCUCAACGCGCUCCUCGUGGCGCUGGUGCGCUCGGGCCGCUACGACCUGCUCGAACCCACCAUGGACCGAGCCUACGAGGCCUACCAGCUGUGCGUCUGGCCCAAGACCGUCGGCUACAUCAUCCGUAGCGCCGUCCAGCUUGAGGAUUUGGAGUUCAGCAGGGGGUUCCUGGAGAUGGUGGCGGAGAAGUGGCCGCGGACGGUGGACACGAAGAAGGUGCAGGGGCCGGUCGCCGUACUCGAGGCCAAGCUGGCCGCCCGCCACGCCGCCAAAGAGCACCACCAGGUGGCCUGA